AUGGAUCAACAUUCUGAACUGAAGAACUAUCGGCACUAUUUUAGAGAGCACUCCAAUGAGUCAAGUUUUAAUUACACAUUAGCCGACGACAUCAUUCAGGAGUUCGAAGCAAAUCUGUUUACUCUCAACAAAUUCUCGACCAUCGUUCUACUGUCCAUGUACACCCCGAUCUUUAUCAUUGGGCUAGUCGGGAAUAUCUUGAUCAUCGCGUCUGUGACGGCCGACAAGGCGAGGAAGUCCAAUUUGUAUUUUCUGGUAAAUCUGGCACUGUCUGACCUGGUAGUCACGGUGUUCUGCAUGCCCACUUGUAUCGGGACAAUUGUCUACAAGCCGUGGGUCUAUGGAAGAGUUCUGUGCAAAUUCACAGCAUUUGUACAAGGUGUUGCAGUAGCUGUGAGCAUCUUCUCGAUGACAGCAAUGUCUGUAGACCGAUAUUUCUCCCUGCAGUAUCCAAUCAGGGCCCACAGAGAGUCAUCAUCCGGUCAGGCGUGCUCCGUCAUCAUCGCCAUGUGGGUCGUUGCAGGAUUGUUUAUGGGUCCUCUUUUGUACAUCCGCGAUGUCGACAUUCUGCAAGAUGUACCGUUCUUACGACCGAUGUCGUUCUGUAUUGAGAAAUGGCCUCAUGUCAGAGAUAGACAAGCAUAUGGUGGGGCCAUAUUCAUCGGACGUUUCGGCACUGUCCCACUACGUCCUCCUAUGGUGUGCCGACCGGAAGUGAUCAAUUUCUGGCCAGGAGAUAGUAAGCCUCCGCUACACUUCCUCAUCUGCCAGGUCUCGGUGGCCAGUCUCUAG